ACUUUAGUAGAAGAAAAAUAUCGAUUUGCCAUACACGACGAUAAAACGAAAAAAGUGUUCAGGAGCUGAAAAGUUGUGCAAAAAUUUUAAAACGUUAGAAAAAUCAAAAGAAAAAAAUAAUUAUUUACUGAAAAGACUUAACAGGAUACAGUCGUAAUUUGCACAAUAAGAAAAGUUAUAGAAAAAAAUUAAUUGCAAGAUAAAUAGUCAAUUUUCAAAAAAAAAAAAAAAAACUCAAGAGGAGGAGGUGAUUGAUUUUUUUAUAUUGUAAUUUUCGUAAACAUCUAGAGUCAUAAAGAGUUAAGAGGAUAAAAUGGCCUUUGCCGGAUUAAAGAAACAAAUUAACAAAGCCAAUCAGUAUGUAACGGAGAAAAUGGGUGGUGCCGAGGGCACCCGGUUAGAUGUCGAUUUCAUGGAGAUGGAACGCAAGACAGAUGUAACCGUCGAACUGGUGGAGGAGUUGCAAGUGAAGACAAAAGAAUUUCUUCAGCCAAAUCCCACGGCCAGGGCGAAGAUGGCAGCCGUCAAGGGUAUUUCGAAAUUGUCUGGCCAAGCAAAAUCGAAUACGUAUCCUCAGCCUGAAGGUCUUUUGGCUGAUUGUAUGUUAACUUACGGCAAAAAGUUGGGUGAAGACAAUAGUGUUUUUGCGCAAGCGCUAGUUGAGUUUGGCGAAGCGCUGCGUCAAAUGGCUGAUGUUAAGUACUCAUUGGAUGACAAUAUUAAGCAAAACUUUUUGGAGCCACUUCACCAUCUGCAAAUGAAAGACCUCAAGGAGGUCAUGCACCAUCGCAAGAAGUUGCAAGGACGACGACUCGACUUCGAUUGCAAACGUCGCCAGAAGGCAAAAGAUGAUGAAAUACGUGGGGCCGAGGAAAAGUUCGAGGAAUCGUUGCAUCUUGCCCAAAUGGGCAUGUUCAACUUGCUCGAGAAUGAUACCGAGCAGGUUUCGCAACUCUGCACUUUCGCCGAGGCUCUCUACGAAUUCCACUCGCAAUGCGCAGAUAUUUUGCGUGGCCUUCAGGAGACGUUAGCUGAGAAGCGUGAAGAAGCCGAGUCGCGUCCCAAACCGGAGUUUGUGCCCAAAUCCCUACUCGAUUUGAAUUUGGAUGGUAUGGGCAAUGACACGGAGAGCUCGGGCACACCAUCCCAUCAUAGGGUUACUGGUGCGUCUCCGCUGCCAUCGCCCAUGCGUUCGCCUGCUAAAUCGAUGGCCACUACACCGUCACGCCAGCAGAUGCAGCCCUAUUGCCAGGCUUUGUACGAUUUCGAGCCGCAAAACCCCGGCGAAUUGGGCUUUAAAGAAAAUGAAAUUAUCACUCUGCUGAAUCGCGUCGACGACAAUUGGUUUGAGGGCUCACUCAACGGUCGCACUGGCUAUUUCCCACAAUCGUAUGUGCAGGUGGUGGUUCCCCUACCUAAUGGCAAUUAAAUUGUCGUCAAAUUUUCUUCUCUCAAAACGACAUAGCUGCAACAACUACAAAAAAAAAUAACCAGGAGGCUGAUUAUUUUAAUGAUUAAAAAAAUUAAACACUGAUUGUUCAAUCGACAGAUAAAUGAAUGGACAAAAGUAUGAUGCACGAAAGAUGAAGACGAUUUUUAAGCUAAAAGUUAACCAUUGAAAGAAAAAGUGAGUUUAUUAAACCAAUCGUUUUGCCUUUAAUUGCCAUAAACAUGUCAUCAAAUUUUUAUUUUAUUUAUCAAUUUUUUUUUUAUUUUUAUUAUUAU